ACAGAGCGCGCGAGGUUUACCAUGGUCAUCAUACGGGUUUAUAACUAUUCUUCUCAAUCCUUUAUUUAUAGAUCGCUCCCUAUCAUGUCUUAAUAUUUCCUCCGUCAAAUAUCUACCUUAGGAUGAAGGUGUUCAUCCGACGUUGGAAGCAAAGAGUCUUUUGGAUAGCAUCAGUUGCAGGACUCGUGUUGCUUAUAUAUAACUAUAGUCCGAUUCCGACAGAAGUGUUUCUGCAACGGGGUCGACUUUGGAACGGCGACGAACGUGGAGUCAGAGAGCCGGGCAACAACCUGGGCUUGGUGUCUGCCGGGCAUAACAAACAGCCAUUCGUCAACGCGGCAAACAUCUCGGCUCUCUUAAUUCAAAAGGAUGCCAACACGACAAUAGAUCGUCGAAGGGACAACUUAACAGAGAGCACUAACGAGAAAGUCCCAGAUGUUUCAUUCGAUGUGUGUAAGGACGCCCGUUUUUCAAAAGCCCAUACCCAUCCACUGAUUGCCCUCACUGGUGUGCCUGGGUCUGGGAAUACCUGGUUACGAUACCUAAUUGAGAGAGCGUCUGGAUUCUACACUGGCAGUGUCUACCGAGACCAAAGGCUUCACGAUGGAGGUUUCAAAGGGGAACUUGUGAAUCACAGAAGUGGGAAGACGGUCAUCAUAAAGACCCAUGACAUGGGAUCGUCGGAAACCACGAGGAUAUUUGAGGGAGCAGUAGUUAUUGUACGGAACCCCUACGACACUUUACUUUCUUAUGCUAACUUGGUCGCCAAAGGGCAUACGGGAUGGGCUUCACGGCAGUACUUCAAUUCUCAGGAAUGGGACACCUUCGUCGAGAGCGCGUCCAUAGCGUGGAAAGAUCGCAUCACAACGUGGGUCACUCGGGACAACGUCAUGGCGGUCUUCUACGAGCGCCUGAAAUCUGAUCUCCGCCGACAGAUCACGAACAUUCUCGAGUUCCUGGACGUCCCCAUCGACGACGCCAGACUAGACUGUACGGUAGCCCACCCUGAGGGCAGCUUCCAUCGUCAAAAGGGCGAAUCUAAUCGGACCUUUGACCCCUACACAGAUAAACACAAAUCAAUAGUUAAAAUGCAUAUCAAAGCAGUUUCGAAAGUACUACGCGAAACUGGGUAUAUAGAUAACGAUUUAUCAUACGUAGGUUUAUCAAAAUUGAUAUGAAAUUAUAUGAAGUUAUCAACAUGUACAAAUGCAAUCUGCUUUGCCACUUUUAUUAACAGGAUCAUUUUUAUACAGUGCGUCCCAGAAAAAACGAAACCG